AGGAGCAAUAGCAGAAGACAGGCUGGCAGAAGAUGAAGACAUUUGGCAGGAGAAAACGUGAUUGGGUGGACAAUAUUUUGUCCUAUGAUGACUUUGUGAAGAAGACCGAAGCUGAACCCAGUAAAGAUCUUGAUGUUGGCAGCUCAAGCUCAACCAAACCGCACAUUAAAACUCUGUACUCCACCGAUACUGGGAAGCUGAAGAUUAAACCGUGCUCUCUGCAGAGCUCAAGCACCUUCAGCGAGGACCACAGGCCUGACGGGAAGUUAACUUUAAAAUAUACAAACGUACCUCGGGGGAUCAGUGUUCUUCAUUUUAUGGGCGGCAGUUGGAGUGGGAGGAGCGACAAUGAGGACCAGAGACCCGAUGGGAUGAUAACUUUAAAAUAUAAAAACUUAGCUUGGCAGAGCAAACACUGAGCAGGAACGGACGUGAGACUGCUUGACAAGUGAGGCUUUUGAAGGAGCAGCAGAGUGACAGGCCACAGCGAGACGCAGAGGACUGUUGGGUAUAUAUUGGGGCAGCAGCUGAUUCCCAAUAUACUACACGUGUCGUGUCUCUCCCCGCCCUCUCCUCUAACCAAAGAAAAGGGCUCUCGUGUGUUGCAAAGGGCAGCCCAGUGUUUGGCACAAGUGGGCAGGAAGAAUUGGCCAAAUGCCUGGCAGAGUUGGAAUUGAGUCAUGAGGCACUCGAU